AUGCCCCCGAAACCACGCAUGGUGCGCAAGAAUGCGCCAACAUCUACUGCGAUGCCCGGGCCCUCUAUGAUGGCUGCUAUGGGUGCAGGCCCCGUCGCUCUUGCCCCGGCUGCCGCUCCAGCGCCACAGAUACCACCCUCUACAUCAACCACCCUUGGCACUGGAAGGAGUACACCGACGGGCGUUAGCCCUGGCAAGGGUCUUUCUACGGCUACCAAUACAAGCAAGAGCUCCCCGAUGGCUGCGAACUCCAGUAAAGGUUCUCCGAUGGCUGCCAGUGCCAGCAAGAACUCCCCGAAGCCGGGUAAUGCUGGCAAGAGCAUGCCCCCACCACCGGCGCCCUCAGCGCCCAAGGCUAUACUCGAAGCCGAAGUGGACGCCAUGUCGCGUGCAUUCCGCACAGCGGCGGUAAAGACGGGGCAAAUAUACGGUUUCUAUGCGGAUACAGCGAAACUAGGUAUCCAAAACUAUGCACCUCGCCCGCCAGCUUCCUUGACUACAGGUCUGGCGCGGCAUGUCGAACAGUAUGAUCAACUCUGCGAUCGCGUGGAGGCGCAUCUGCUACGCGCAAUAGCUGUUCUUCAGCGUGAUCUUCAGCGCGAGCGAGCUGCACAACAGGCAGAAGAGGAAGCGCGCAUGGCGGUCGCCUCACCGGAGCCCGAGCCGGCUGCCAUCGAGCCACCGCCUUCUGCUAGUUUGACAGCGCCCGAAAUGUCGCCACCACUAUCUGCGAGCGGUAUGAGCCAGUCGGGAUCCGGUCGCCGUCCCAGCACUAUAUCGCUCUCCUCGCUCAACCGACCUCAAUUCGCGCACAAGCUAGAUCUUUCGGACUCUACCUUACAGUUCUCGCCAGACUCCCUCUCAGCGGCAACCGGCCUCGACGCUGCCACACUCGCUAGCUUAGGUCGCCCGCCUUCCCCUAUUACACUUGCGCCAAAGAGUGCUCGUGCGCUCGAACUCGGGGCCGAUUUUAUGGGCCUACUCGAGAGCGCCGGCGCCUCUUCGAAUGUCGAUCGCCCAGUCGACAUCGACUUGACCCUCGACGAGGACGUUGUGUCCGGGCCAGGUGCUGGAAGUGCGGAUCAGCCCAUCGAACUCGACUUGGAUAUGGACAUGGACCUCUUCGGCGAUCCCACAUCCUCGUUGCCUGAUGUGCCAGUCAAGAAAGAGCCAGGAACCGAAGGGCUUGAUAUGGACCUCCUCAACUCCCUCGCACCGAAGGACGACGCUGGUCAGUCCGGCGCAGACCUGCUCGCCCAGCUCGGUCAAGCUGGAGACGCCGGCGGCAGUGCGGACUUCAACCUCGACAUGAGCACGCUGCCUGGCAUGAACAUGGACGUCUCGGGCAACUUAAACAUGGAUCUCGGGAUGGGGUCGGGCAUGGAUCUCAGCACAGGCGGCGGUAUGAACCUAGGCGAGGGUUCGAGUAUGGACGUCGGGAUGGAUAUGAAUCUGGACUUCUCGGGCGUACCGCUGUCGGAUGUCGACUUUUCGAACGUUUCGGGUGGUGAAGGGGUGGAUAUGUUGGAUAUGGAUGCGUUGCUUGGGUCAAGCAGUGCCACAGGUGACGGCGCAGGGGCUUCGGAAGUGAAGGACGGUGGGACGUCGUAA